GACACUAUCCAGUCAACCUGUGAGAUAGCAGGCGCGAAAGAUGGCGGGCUUCAACGUCUCUCAUGCGAUGACAAUGAUAAGAUCGCGCGUGACUGGUUCGCAACUCAAGUACAGGAGUUAGGCUGUAAAUACGAAAUUGACGCAAUGGGUUCGCAGUGGGCUACUAUGGAGGGUCAGAAUAACAAUCUACCACCAAUUGGUAUUGGCUCUCACUUGGACAGUGUCCCAACUGGAGGCAAAUUCGACGGACCACUUGGUGUAUUUACUGGACUCGAAGUGUUGAAGGUCCUGAAAGCGAGCAGCAAGAAGACAUAUGCUCCCAUCAGCGUCAUCAAUUGGACGAAUGAGGAAGGUGCGCGGUUUACACCAGGAUGUAUGAGUUCUGCCGUUUGGGCGCAAAAGUUGGAUAUUGACUAUGCGCAUAAAUGCUUUGAUACAAUGGAUGAGAGCAUUACAAUCAUUGACGAACUGAAGAGGAUAGGAUAUGAUGGAAGUAAGGAAGUCUCUUUCAAGACAAAUCCAUUAAGUGCACAUUUCGAAAUCCAUAUCGAGCAAGGGAGUCGGCUCGAAAAGUCCGGCAAAGACGUAGGUGUUGUUGACAGGGUACAAGGCAUGCGAUGGUUUGAUGUCUCCCUCCGAGGUGUAACACGACACACCGAUACCACCUACAUGGACAUCCGCAAAGAUGCGCUUGUGGGCGCUGCUAAGAUCAUUCUCGAGGUUGAACGAAUUGGCAAAGCCUCCAAGACUGGGAUGGCGACUGUCUCUCUGUUCAAGUCCUCGCCGCAGAAUUUCUGCAACAUUCCUGAUUCAGUCGACUUCUCGUUUAGUAUGCAGCAUACAGAUAAGUCAACUUUGGAGGAAAUGACAAACGCCAUUAAGAAAUUUGUACAUGAUACUGCGCAGAAGAGUGGGCUGGAGGUGACCAAAUAUCAGAAUGUGUGGAGCUUUGAUCCGGCAGAAUUUGAUAGCGAGGCUGUUGCGUGUGUAGAGAGCGCAGCGAAGGAUAUGGGGUAUGCUUAUGAAAGGUUGUGUAGUCAUACUGGUCAUGAUUCCAUCUAUACGAACAUGGUCGUUCCCACCGCUAUGGUUUUUACUCCUUGUAGGAACGGAAUCAGCCACAGUCCAUUGGAAUAUGCCUCUCCUGAAAAUUGUAGUAUUGGUGCACAGACAAUUCUAGGAGCAGUGUUGAAAUAUGAUGGCCUCUUAAGAAAGAGGCAUAGUACAUAA